GAGGAGGGAGGGGGCGUGGCCUCGAGCGGCACGGGCCGAUAAGAGGCGGCGCCCGUCGUCGCGUUGCGAGUGGGGUCAGUCUACGCGGCAGGGCGGAGGCGGGGCGGCCCGGGCGUCUCCGACUGCCUAGAAAGACCCCGAAGGGCGGGCGAGCGAGGCUGCGGUCCCGGCCGUUGCCCUUCCUCACAGCCCAUGCCGAGGAGCCUCGCCCGGCGCCCUAACAUGGCCGGCGGGCGAUGCGGCCCGCUGCUGACGGCGCUCCUGGCCGCCUGGGUCGCGGCGGCGGCGGCUACUGCGAGCCCAGAGCAGGCCGCGCUGCCGCCAGAGCAGAGCCGGGUCCAGCCCAUGACCGCCUCCAACUGGACGCUGGUGAUGGAGGGCGAGUGGAUGCUAAAAUUUUACGCCCCGUGGUGUCCAUCCUGCCAGCAGACUGAUUCGGAAUGGGAGACUUUUGCAAAGAAUGGUGAAAUACUUCAGAUCAGUGUGGGGAAGGUAGAUGUCAUUCAGGAGCCAGGUUUGAGUGGCCGCUUCUUUGUCACCACUCUCCCAGCAUUUUUUCAUGCAAAGGAUGGGAUAUUCCGCCGUUACCGUGGCCCAGGAAUCUUUGAAGACCUGCAAAAUUAUAUCUUAGAGAAGAAAUGGCAAUCAGUUGAGCCUCUGACUGGAUGGAAAUCUCCAGCCUCUCUAACGAUGUCUGGAAUGGCUGGCCUUUUUAGCAUCUCUGGCAAGAUAUGGCAUCUUCACAACUAUUUCACAGGGACCCUUGGAAUUCCUGCUUGGUGUUCUUAUGUCUUUUUCGUCAUAGCCACCUUGGUUUUGGGCCUUUUCAUGGGUCUGGUCUUGGUGAUAAUAUCAGAAUGUUUCUAUGUGCCACUUCCAAGGCAUUUAUCGGAACGUUCUGAGCAGAAUCAGAGGUCAGAGGAGGCUCAAAGGGCUGAACAGUUGCGGGAUGCAGAGGAGGAAAAAGAUGACUCGAAUGAAGACGAAAACAAGGACAGCCUUGUAGAUGAUGAAGAAGAGAAAGAAGACCUUGGUGAUGAUGAUGAAGUAGAGGAAGAAGAGGAAGAAGACAACCUGGCUUCUGGGGUGGAUGAGGAGAGGAGUGAUGCCAAUGACCAGGGACCCCCGAGAGAGGGCAGUGCGGCCCAGGGGGAAGGGGAACCUGAGGAGACUGAAGAAGACAUCACUGAGCAGCCCCGUUCAGCUGACGCAGAGCAGGGGGAGGACUCGUUGAGGCAGCGCAAAAGUCAGCAUGCUGAUGAGGGACCGCAGGUUUAAUGACGUUGUUUCCAAGAAUACAGACCAAAAGAAUAUGUCAGCUUCCCUCUGGUCUGCAGUCUAAACCAAACUCUUAAUUUUUUCUAAAUAAGCAAGCUUCUCUCUUAAAAGAUGAUCUCUAGUCAUGUGGUCUCAUGACAGUAAGCCUCGUGUAUGCUAAGGAGAAUCUUUCAGGUAUGACAAUCAUGAUACGGAAAGACAAACACGAUGGUGAUGUCAGGAUCUGUUCAUAGACUUGGGAUGGGAAUGAGUUCACUUACUUGGGGCUAGAGAGUCUUGACCAGUGGAGGCCACCCCCAGCCCUCAUUAGCCCCUUCUAGAGACAAGGCCACAGGCCCCAUAAAAUGAAAACAAAGGAGCCUUGGCUCUGAGCAUCCUCACUGUGCAGCAGAAGUCUUGCUUCCUUGUCUUGUGUUGUUAUUUUCGUCAAAUUGCGGGAAACAUCAGGCACCAUAGUGCACGAACACUUUUAGAGAUAGAAAUUGGCAGGGCCCUGGAUUUAGAAAAGAGCUCUGAAAUCAUCCCAGACUUCUAAAUCUCCUUUGUGAUAUUUUUCUCCUUACCUUUAAUUUUUUCAACUCUUUCACCCUGGGCCUGCAGGCUCCCCACACUCUGCACAGUUGUUCCUUGGUGAGAGAGAACUUAGCAGCCAGCUUUACAUCAACCAUGUUUAUUCUGACUUAAGGGUUUAGAUAAUCAGUAACCACAACCCAAGAAAUUAUGACUGCCAAGCAUCUUGAACGAAAUGUUGUAACCGUAAGAGAUUCAAAAGGAAGUAGGGAUUUUACAGGACAGAUCUUUUAUAUUUUUUGGCUAAAAUGUAGUAGUUUUUUUCAAAAAGUUUCUUUAGCAAUAUCCUUUUUGAAGCCAGAAGCCCUCUAAGUCUUGCCAGUACAAGGUAGUCUUGUGAAGAAAACUUGAAUACUGUGUUGUUUUGUUUCCAUCUCAAGGGGUUCCCUGGUUCUUGAACCACUUUAAUAAUAACUGGAAAACCAUUUCUGGUUUUCCUUCAGUGAUGUGCUUUUGGUGAAAGAAUUAAUGAAAGUCAAUAUCUGGAAAUGAAAGAUUUGAUUUUGUUUCCAUCUUUCAUAAUCUAAAGAAUUAUAUCUUUAUAAAUCUCUCAAUACUCAAUCAACUAUAAGUAUCUAGGGAGCCCAGUUUCUUUUAAAAAUCCAUCCAUCUACUUCUCUCUUACCUGAUUUAUGUCUCAGAAUAAAUUCAUGAAGUUAGAUUCCAGGCAU